AUGUCUGCCGCUGUGUCCUCCUCGCUGGGCCGCGCCUUCACCAAGCGGCAAAAGCGGCCGGAGGUGUCCGCCCCCAUGCCCUUUCGCGAGGGACAGCCCCGUUUCGCAGCCGGGACCAUCAAGCGAUCCAAAAUAUCAGCACCAAUAGAGCUGCUUUCCACCACAAACCUGCUCGCAUAUACUGCUCCGGACAUACAAAAACACGGUCAUAAUAACGGCCAUGGACUCAGUCACAAGAACCCACCCAUCAUCUCGCGACCCAUCAUCAAGACACUCCAACACUCGACAUCAUCAUCAUCCUCCUUCCGAUCAGCAGACGAAUCGGAUGCCAGCAACUCUCUACACACACCCAGCACCACUGUCACCGCUCCUUCCCUCCCAGGUUCGACAGACGCAUCACCCAUCCUAAAGGACAACAACUACCCAAACCCCCUGGCCUGCUACUUUGACCAGCAACAUGACACCCCACCACCCAAGGAACCGUCGCCCCCUUCCAUCCCUACCCGAGCCCUCAGCCAUACAAAGAAAUCACACCAGGAACUCUCCCGCCAGCGAUCAAGCGCAUCCACUUCAUCCUCACUACUAAGGACUGCCGCCAACUCUACUUCGCCUGCUGCCACCUCGCUCUCAUCCGCACAUGCGACACACUCGGCCGCUGCCUCUCGCCCCCAUGCACAGGAUGUACACGCCCACCCAUUCGGCAAGGAGCUGGAACAGGUUAACGAGGUGGCAGAAGAGUUCUCUGCCGGCCAUCUCUUUAGAGACGAGGACGAAAAGAUACUCACUGCAAAGGGGCUGGUCAGAGUAGAUGUGGUAGAGUACCUCGAGGAGGUCAAGGAGGUGUAUGCCUGGGUGUUUGGUGGUGAAGUUUCCAGGAGAGACUGGAUCUGA